AUGGCCCCAAAACGUAAGCCGGACGAACCACCAGAAAUUCAGGUAUUUAAACAUCGCCUUGACCUCGAAUUGCAACUCUCCAACAAUCAUCUACAUUACGGCGAUAACUCAGUAUCCUUGCCACUCAUCCUGACUUCUUCCAACCUUACAACGCUACCUACCUUCAUACAAGUUUUAUCCAAUAUGCUAGGACGGCCAGAAGUUGCUACUAGCUCCGGCUUGGCACACCAGGGCUGCUGCAUAUGUCCAAAUGACACGAUUUCUACCAUUCUACAGGCUACGGCCACCACGAAUCAUAACCACAUCAGCGUCGCGCAAGAGUCCAGCGCCAUGCUGCACGAGCGACGGAAUGGAAGGGCAAGAUUGACACAACUGCAGGAUAAAGCUAUCGCCGUCAUGGUAUAG